AUGGCCAUCCAAAAAUGCCAAUCGACAUAUACAGCCAUCGUCCUAGAGCUAUUCAAUGUGGUUGUAAAAACGUCAUUGAAUGAGCUUACUGUCGUCCCUCACUUGACUUAUCAGUCAUUGAUAUGCUGCUCCUCCACUCUGCAAUUCCAGCGCAAUGAAAUAUCCUACGCGGAAUACCAGCGACGACUGGAGGCGGAGUGGGAUCUGGCGCCCAAUGUCAUCGACACAAUGUUUGCGCAGGUUCGAGGAACCAUGACCGUCAACACAGAGCUACUCGAACAGCUCCGUGGUCUAAAGACCAUGAUGGGUGGCCGGUUGCAGAUAUACGCCGUCUCAAAUGCGUCGGAGAAAGACCAUGCUUACAUGAGGUCACUGCCAGUAGACUGGACUAUCUUCGACCACAUCUUCACGUCGACUGAGAUGCGGAUGCGAAAGCCCGAGCUGCGAUGCUUCCGGCACGUACUCCAAUCCAUCUCGAAGUCGCCGCAUGAACUCAUAUUCAUUGAUACUGAGCCAGAAAACGUCCUGACCGCCCAGUCACUCGGUAUGAAGGGUAUCAAGCCAAAAUCUGCCGCAGAGAUUGAACCGAUUCUGCACAAUUUGUUACUGGAUCCGUUGCCGCGAGCACGAUCCUUUCUACAACAAAAUGCAAAGCGGCUACACUCGAUUUGUGAAAAUGGCGCCAUCAUGAAAGAGAACUUUGCUCAGCUGUUGAUUUUGGAGGCAACAGGAGACAAGAGCCUCAUCGAACUGGAACAUAAGCACCCUUCUUCUUCCACCUGGAACUUUUUCAUAGGGACACCGCUAUUUACGAAAUCCGACUUCCCUGAUGAUCUCGACACGACCUCCAUGGCUACCACAGUGCUGGGGCUGGAGGAGAAACAGGCUCAUCGACUGCUGGACCGGAUGCUGCAAUACAUAAACCAGGAUGGCCUUAUCUCGACCUUCUUCACCGACCGCAAGAACCGUGUGGACCCUGUCGUGUGUGUGAAUGUCCUGGCACUCUUCUACACAUACGACCGUGGCUAUGAGCUGGCCCCGACUCUAGAAUGGAUCCGCCAGGUAGUGAUCAAGCGGGCGUACCUGCACGGGACGCCCUUUUAUCCUAACCCAGAGCAGUUUCUUUUCUUUUUGGGUCGGCUCCUUCGGCAUGUGUCGCAUCUUGGUGGUAUCUUUGAUGAGCUGCGACAGCUUCUUCGCGAACGUCUGAAGGAGCGGUUGGGUCUGCCGGCCGAUCCUAUCGCACUCGUCAUGCGCUUGAUUACCUGUAAUGAGAUGGGUAUCCGAGAUGCUCGCGGAAUGAAACGUCUCCUUGACAUGCAAUGCGUGGACGGUGGAUGGGAGCCUGGGGCGAUGUAUACAUAUGCGUCCAAGAAUAUCUCUAUUGGGAAUCGCGGGGUGUCCACGGCGUUUGCCAUCAGCGCCAUUGAGGGAUAUCGAGAGCGUUUCCAGAUGUAA